GUUGCGUCACAAGGUAAACUUGAUGAUCUAAACAAACGUUUAACUAACUAAAGUUGGUGUCAAGAAAUGUUAGUCUGUUGCUCGGCCAUCAAAGGCCGAGAUCUCCAAGAAAAUAUAAUGCCAAAGCUAUAAGGUCAUGCAUUCGAUAUCCAGCUCAAUUAAGGGCAUAGCCCAUGGGCUUUGUCCAAUCUCUUUACCCGAGAGUGCAACGACGCUAGCAAGACCUUUGAAAUCCCAAAGGGAUCUGUACAUGGAAGCUUCCCCGAUAUCUUUCACUCUCAACAAGCAAAAUGUCAUCGUGGAUACGAGCCAAGUUUCCUCGACGACAAGUUUGGCCCGAUUUAUUCGGGAUCACAUGAACUUAAAGGGCACUAAGAUCAGUUGCAACCAAGCGGGUUGCGGCGCUUGUGUGGUCAAAGUCGCUUUUAAGGAUCCAUUCACACAAACUACGAAGACCAGAAGCGUCAACUCCUGCAUCACACCGGUCUUCAAAUGCGAGGGUUGGGAUAUCAGCACAGUGGAAGCUUUGGGGAGCACCCACGAUGGCUUGAGUGAGGUCCAAAAGCGUUUGGCUAAGCUCAAUGGAACCCAAUGUGGAUUUUGUACCCCAGGCAUGGUCAUGGCCAUGGACAGUUACAUCGAGGAGCACCCGAACGCUACCAAGGACAACAUGAAGGGUAUUUUGGACGGCAACAUUUGUCGUUGCACCGGAUAUCGACCAAUUUUUGACACCUUCCAAAGUUUUGCUUCCGAUGCUUCAACAAAGUUUGGCGACGGCAUCGAUGACAUCGAAGAUAUGGUCACGAAAAGUGGCCUCCGGAAGUGCCCCAAAACAAAUUCACCGUGUCGGGGGGAAUGUUUCAGUAUUCCAAGACCAGAGGGAUCAUUGCAGUUUAUUCAAUCUGAAACGGGACAUUGGAUCAAGCCUGAUACAUUGGAAGACCUUCUGGCGGUUUUGGAUGACUUUCAGCCGGAUGAAACGUACCGACUCGUGGCAGGAAACACUGGAACUGGAAUCUAUAACGACGGCCCAUAUUCCACAUUUGUUGACAUUACGGGAAUUCCUGAGCUAGUUGCCGUGACUAUGGAUUCCUUCAAUGUGGGUGGAUCAGUGGCUCUUACAGAUUUCAUUGACGUGCUCAAAACCCAAUUUGGCCGUUCCAAAUCCUUCAACUAUACUCUACAGAUAGCUAAACAUCUUGAAAAGGUUGCCAACACCAAUGUAAGAAAUGUGGGAUCACUUGCCGGCAAUUUGAUGCUCAAACACGCUCACCCCGAAUUCCCAUCGGAUCUGUUUACUUUAUUGGAAGGCGUUGGAGCUCAUAUUGGCGUAAAGGCCACCGAUGGAAGUACAAUGCUUUACGCUCCAUCAGACUGGCUAUCACUUGAUAUGGCUAAAAAGAUCAUAUUCUUCAUUCAAAUGCCUGUUUUGGCCGACAACGAGGUGUUCAUGUCGUACAAGAUCACGCCCCGAAGCCAAAACGCUCACGCGUAUGUGAAUGCUGCAUUUAGAGCCAAGAUUGAUCCCAAUUCUUUUGUGGUUCAAGACAAGCCCAAUAUUGUGUAUGGAGGAAUUGCUGGCGAUUUCAUCCAUGCUACUGAUGCAGAAUCGGUCCUGGUUGGUAAAUCCAUCAACGAUCAGACCACUUUGGAUACCGUAUUUGCCUCUCUGGAUUCACAAGUCGUGCCCGAUGAUGAUCCAGUUCUAUCUAGCGCCGAAUACAGGAUACAUCUCUCGAAAGCUUUGUUCUUCAAAUUUGUGAUUCACACGCUUGGAGCAGCGGCCAAACCAAAUUUGAAGAGUGCAGCCACCCAAAUUAGUCGUGGUGUUUCGAGUGGCGCUCAGGAUUUCACUCCAAACCAGGAGGAAUUUCCCAUCGGUGAGCCUAUCGAGAAACUCGAGGCCAAAGUGCAAUGCACCGGGGAAGCAGAAUAUGUGGACGACAUUCCAGCUAUUCCUGGAGAACUCUUUGCCGCCUACGUUCAGUCCACCAUUGGCAACUGCAACUUGAAAACAGUUGAUCCUGGACCUGCAUUGGCUAUGCCGGACGUGGUGGCAUACGUGGAUCACACUGACAUUCCGGGCAUGAAUAGUACGGAUGGGCACGCAGAGAUCGAUGUGAUCUUUGCCUCCAGCAAAGUAUCCUACGCCGGUCAAGCGAUCGGUCUGAUUGUGGCCACAAGUCUGGAAGCUGCUCGAGCAGCAGCUAAAAAGGUUGUAAUUACCUACCAAAACCAGCAGAAACCCAUCUUGACCAUCAAGGAAGCCAUCAAAACACGGGGUCGACAGAUCGUGCAAAGCACCAAAACGAUUGGCAGUCAAAACCAAAGGAACCAAAAGGGAAAGUUGACUGAGAUAAACGGUGAAUUUGAAAUCGGAGGACAGUAUCAUUUCCACAUGGAACUACAGUCAUGCAUCGUUCGUCCCAUUGAAAACGGAGAGUUUGACAUUAUGUCCACUACCCAAGCCAUGGAUGUGGUUCAAUUUACGGUCGCUCAGGCCCUGGGCAUAACAAAAAACAAAGUCAAUGUCACAGUCCGUCGAUUGGGAGGUGCCUAUGGUGGCAAGAUCACUCUACCCAAUGCAAUUGCCACGGCCUGUGCUGUGGCCGCUGAGAAAGUGAGGAAGCCUGUUAGAUUGACUCUUGAUCUUCAGAGCAAUAUGGAACUUUUGGGCAAGCGAUCGCCUUAUCUGUUCGAGUACUCGGCGUCCGUUGACGAAAGUAACAAGUUGGUGGAUGUGACCUCAAACAUCUACGCUGAUGUGGGCUUCUCUGGUUUGGCUCCUGAUGCCAUGUUUGUUCCACCUUGGUUCCAAAACUGCUACAACUCCACGAAAUGGACUUGCAAUCCCUUUGAAAUUCAAACCAACUUGCCUACCAACACAGCCUGCAGGGCCCCUUCGUCUACUCAAGGUAUCGCUGCCAUUGAAUACAUCAUGGAUCAUGUUGCAACUUCUCUUGGUGUGGAUCCAAUGGAGUUUAGAAUGAACAAUUUGCUGAAACCUGGAGAUCACAUCUUGAGUGAUGAGACCGCUACGUUUCAAGGCCCAAACCGCAUCCCGGACAUGGUUAGCAAAUUAAAACAGGAAUGUGAUUUCGAAACUCGACGAUCCCAAAUUCUGGCCUUUAACCAAGCCAACACGUGGAAGAAGCGAGCACUUCGAAUCACGCCCAUGCGAUGGGCCCAAUUGUAUUUUGGGUACAAAUACAAAUUCCAAGCUGCCAUUUUCAAGGACGAUGGGACAGUGGCCAUUUCACAUGGGGGCAUUGAAAUGGGUCAAGGAUUGAACACCAAGGUUGUACAAGUGGCAGCCAAAGAGCUGGGUGUUCCGGUGAACAUGAUCAGAGUCAAGCCUUCAAAUACUUUUGUUGGGAACAACUCAAUUGUGACAGGCGGAAGUCUUGGAUCAGAACUGGUAGCCUCGGCCGCUUUCUUUGCGUGUAAGAAAUUAAGGGCAGAGAUGAAGAAAGUGGAAGAUGGUAUGAGUGGAACUCCCACGUGGUUAGAAUUGGUCAGCGCUUGUGACUUGGCUGGCCUUGACUUAACCGCUCGCCACAGCUCGUGGCAAGAAACUGACAAUUUGAAGGGUUACGACAUUUGGGGCGCCACCUGUACCGAGAUUGAAUUGGACCUCCUAACCGGUGAAAAAACAGUCCGCCGUGCCGACGUCAUGGAAGAUACUGGUGCUGCCUUGAGCCCCAAUGUGGACAUUGGUCAAGUCGAAGGAGCCUUCGUCAUGGGCCUUGGGCUUUGGCUGACCGAGGAACUCAAGUACGAGGCAACCUCUGGACGUUUACUUACUCGGGACUCUUGGGAAUAUAAACCCCCUGCAAGUCAAGAUAUUCCUGAAGUGUUCAAUACGUAUUUAUACAACAGCCAAGAUAAUCCUUACGGCGUUUUGGGCUCAAAAGCCACUGGAGAGCCGCCCUUGUUGAUGGCUGUGUCAUCGUUUUUGGCCCUCAAAGAUGCCAUGAAAGAGGGUCGCUAUGAAAUGGGUCAAGACGGGUGGUUUUCUUUUAAUGGGCCAGCAACAAACGAAAACAUAACCAAAACGAUGGGGCUCAGUUCCGAUUAUUUUAAGUUGUAAACUAUCCACAUCAGGAAUGGUAUUAAAGUAUAUUUUGUAAUCAGUUUAACUUAGCUACAAGAAACAUGUUAGAGAUUUCCUCUAAAAAAAAGGAAAAAAAGUGAUUCAUCCCCAUUGCAAAAUAAACAUCAAUCAUCACAUGAAUCAUAUACCAUGAAUCUAAAAUUAAAUAUAUGGCACGUAAUAAAGUGA